GCAUCACAAAUGAUCCCAAAACAUCAUGACUGGAAAUGCCUAUCAUGGGGUCCCGCGCAUCACAAACGUUCUUGUCAUUGCAAAUCUGCAUGACAACCCUGGGGAGGUGGGGAUGUUUUUGCAUUUGAUAGCACGAGAUGAAAAACGUGGUGUCCAAGCACCUGCCCUUCACGAAGAGGCACCUAUCCAGUGCAAAUAUGUCUGGGUCUGGAACAAGGAUGCAACUUGUCAUGCUGCCUUUGGAUUCGACAUAGAAUCUGUAUUGCAUGAAUAGCAAAAGAGGUGCAAUUUUUUCUACGCGGAGAGGGCAUUUUUCAUGCGGUAUAAGCAUCAGAAAGCCCUCGCAGAAUCUCUGAUGCUAGAGAAUGCAUCACAGACCUCAUGGUUCAUGCAAAAUAUGCAUGACAAACUCCUGCAUUGUUCCACACAUCCAGGGAUAUUUGCAAUGCAUAGCACCUGUCGCAGAUCCAUUUCACGCGGAAGCUGCCGAAAAACAGCAUCUACCAAGACGACAGCGAGGGGGAAAACAUGGCGUUUGUGCAUUACCUGCUGAACAAGAAGGAGGAGCAGGACAACGAGGUUUGCACGAAGCCAGUGGUGCAAAUGGUGCUGCAGAAUUUUUCGAAGAAUUUCACGAAACUGCUGCGGAACCUGAUGAAGGAAACGGUGGUGCAAUCCUUUGGGGAGCAGGUUUUGGGCUCUCUGCGCCGGCGCACCGCCGGCGAGGGGGGGCGGGCGCAAGACCACGACGACCAAGAGCCUGUUGCUGGUGGUGCUGCUGCUGCCGCCCAAGUGAAGCAAGAAACAGACAUUUUGCUCACAAGUUCCUCUUAUCAAAUGCAAAAAUGUCUGGGUCUGGAACAUUGGAACACUUGUCAUGCACAUUUUGCAUUAACGAUGAUGCCUGUAAUGCAUGACCUAGCAUCAGUGAUUUUGCGAGGGCUUCCUGAUGCCUAUACCGCAUGAGGAAUACCCCCUCCGCGUAGCAUAAACUGGACUCCUCUUGCUCCUGACGCAAUACAGAUUUUUUUGGAAUCCAAAGACAGCAUGACAAGUUCCAUCCUCCCAGACCCAGACACUUUUGCAUUUGAUAACUCUGAAAGCACAGCGGACAGCAGCAACUCCAGUUCCGACGCGCAGGACUCGACGCAACAGGCAGUCGCCGGGUAUCGAAACAGCCCUCUGCAGCAGCAACAACAGCAGCAGCAGCUUUCGAUGGCCGAGAAGUUGGAGAAGGACGUGCUGCGGGUAUUGAAACUGAAAAACCGACUACGCCUGGAAAAAACUGUGUAAGUGUAACUUUGAAGUGAAGAGCAGCAUCACAAAUUCGUUUUGCAUUACAGGGAAAUAAACCUGUCACAUGCGCUGCUAGUAUGUUGAAACACGUAUGAAAGUAGUAGCCUAUGACGCACAUCCAGCAUGACAAGUGUAACAGUUUUGCACUUUCUGCAUCACAGACAUGCACUUCUCACAUAGUUUUUUUCUUGCAUACCGACAGUAUUCCAACUACCUAGCGGCAGAGAACAAGAACGGGGGUUCUUACGCACACGGAAAGAUAAUAAACGGAGCGCAUAUGUUAAGCGGAUUUGGGUGGAACGGGGCAAUAUCAAAAAGCGACAGGAACACGAAUAACUACACAUCUGCCGAGUACAACGUAAGCCCGGGAGGAGCUGCAGGCGGUGGCACGUCAGCGACCACGGGAGCCGCGAGUUCCAAUGCGUUUGUCCUGCCGGUCGCAUCCAACAGCGCGGGUGGAACGGCACCGUCUAUCAACUGUAAAAAUGUCUGGGUCUGGAAAAGUGUAGACUUGUCACGCAGAUUUUCCAUGACCCAUGAGGUCUGGAAUGCGGGACUUAGCAUGACAGACUCUGCGAGGUCUCUGCCAUGCCUAUCCUGCAUGAGAAACGCCCCUGCAACUUGGUCAAAAGUGUACAGCUUUUGGCACUCAUGCAACACAGAUUUUCGCAUGCUUCAGAUUUACCAUGACAAGUUGGAAUCUUCCAGACCCAGACAUUUUUGCAAUUCAUACCGUCCGCACUCCAGCAAUCGCGCGGAGGUCCUCGUGGUUCCCCUAGCAAUCGGGCGGAGGAGGACAUGACAGAAUUGGAUUUUAUCCUGAGGAAAAACGUCACCACCGCAGAUUUAUCAUUUAGAUUUGCAUCUACAACAAGAGCAUUUGUAAUGCGCAUCCCCAUAAGAAGCGUUUUAGAUUUAGUCGUGGUUCGGCAUUUGUAAUGCUGUAGACAGCAUCAACUAAUGGGACGGCUUUUGUGAUCCACGACGGCUGGCCUUGCUAAUGUGCACUACAACAUCUUCGAGAGCAGCUUCAGUUCGUCAUACGUGACUCGCAAGACUUCUGGAUCUGUGAUGCAAAAUUCUGAACCUAACACUGGGGAGGUGGGGACGUUUUUCCACCGCAUAGAUUUCAGUCUGUCGUUACCGCCAAGGACGGCGUUCAGCCAGACCAAGUUACUGGAGGUGGAAGAGAGGGAAAGUAGAAAUGCGGCGGUAUGCAUUGCAAAUCUGUCUGGAUGUCUGGAAGAGGGCAAUUUGUAAUGCAGCUGCCUUUGGAUUCUACGAACAUCUGUAAUGCGCGAGCAGGAAGAAGGAGUGCAGUUUUUGCAUCGCGGAGGCGGAAUUUCAUUUUGUUAUGCUGUAUAGGCAUCAGGAAGCCCUUCCCAAAUCUGUGAUGCUAGGGCAGACAUCACAGACAUUAUGGGUCCUGCAAUAAAACGGGCAUGACAAGUCUUGCAAUCUUCCAGACCCAGACAUAUUUGCAAUUCAUAGUCGGAAAAAGUGGAUUACAAAAGGUCGCAGAGUUUGUGACGACUUUAUGUAUUGCUAUUGUACUAGAACUAGUAGUCCCUGCAGCAGGAGGUGAUCACGCAGGGUGUGAGUGUCUGCUUUAUUUCUAAGUUAUAAGAAGAAAAAAGAAAAACCUAAACCACCAGAGAGAUGAACUUCUUUCUGUGGGGUUGCAGUUGCACUACCUACGAAGUAAGUACUUAUCCGCAUAAUUCAUGGGGGAAGAACGCUCUUUGAUUUGUGAAAAAGACAAGAGUUGGUAUUAUUUAGACAAACCGAAGAUCAACAUGCGCCAC